AUCUGACUUCUGAUCAGGACGUUGUGCUCAGUGAAGAAGUGUGAUCGCUCUGAUUCUGAGGAUGAUAAAGCCAUCCUAAACAGUUUGAUUGACAGCUAUGUGAUGAAUGUGUGCAGACUGGAUUUAGAACCGCAGCUCAGGUAUAUCACGCGUGACCCGCAUGUGGCACCAGGGCGAAUAUGUCACAUUUUACUGUAAAGACUCGCACAAACCCUGAGAACUUUACACCAUGGAUCUCCAAGAUCACUUUUUAGUAAAAUGUAUCUUCUUAAGUAUUGGGUUUUGCCAGUUUGAGGUUUGAGUCCAUUAUUGAUGUUUCAGUUCCUCUAUCAUUCACAUGCACACACCCCCACAUGUACACACACACACACACACACACACAGGGUAGUUCUGAUGGCGUCUCAGUGUGUAGUGAGUGGUGAUGAGUUCGAGCUCAGGAGAAAAUUAAAAUAUUUCUUCAUGAGUCCGUGUGAGAAAUAUCGCACUCGAGGACGCAAACCGUGGAAACUCACACUACAGCUCGUCAAAAUCGCCAUCGUCACCACCCAGUUUGCAUGGUUUGGACUCAGUAAUGAAAUGACGGUAAUCUUCAGAGAGGAAAACCUCACUUCCUUCAAACACCUCUUCCUUAAACAUUACCAUGAGCACAAAGGCAUUUACGCAGUUUACACGAGACAGGAAGUGCACGAACAUAUCAACUACAUUAUCAUGAGGUAUCUGACCCUACAGAACGUGAUCGUGGGCAAUCAUGCAUUCCAAAGGCUCAACGGCACGGACACGCCCCUCACUCUGUGCCAGAGAUUUUACACCCGAGAGAAAGUCACGCCCGAAAACCAGACCUUUAGCAUCAAUGUAAAGGUGCAGACAGAGUGCGUUAACAUUCACUCCACAAAGCUAGUCAACAUCACAGACCUUGCUCUGGACUUUAAAAGACUUUUAUCUCUGGACGUCCGCAUGAAGAUCAAAGCCAUCAAUCUGCAGACAGUCCGCCAUGAUGAACUACCCGACUGCUACAAAUUCAGUGUCUCGGUGCUGUUUGAUAACAGCGCUCACAGCGGCCGGAUUAAAGUGUCCCUCCGCAGCGGUGUCCACAUCAGUGUGUGUGCACAAGCCAGUGUCCCCGGGUCCAAUGCGGUGAGUCACUUCCUGUUGAUGCUGCUGUUUGAUUCGCUGGUGAUUGGCGUGUGCCUGCUCUCCCUGGGGCUCUGCACGCGCUCAGUAAACGCCGGGAUGCGUCUCUUCUCUGAGUACGCGGAGUUCAUUAGCACUGAACGGGGGAAGUGUGUGUCGCCGCUGGAGAGACUGGAGUUCAUCAACGGCUGGAACAUUUUAAUCAUCGUCAGUGACACUAUCACGGUUACUGCGUCCUUAAUGAAGAUCUGCAUACUGAGCAAGAUGCUGUCUAAUUACACCCUGUGCAGCAUCAUGUUAGGGACAGCGACCCUCCUGGUGUGGAUCGGAGUUCUCCGUUAUCUCGGAUUCUUCCGGAAAUAUAACAUCCUGAUCCUGAGCAUGAAGGCAGCGUUACCCAGUGCUCUGCGGUUCUCCUUCUGCGCGGUGAUGAUCUACCUCAGCUACUGCUUCUGUGGAUGGAUUGUUCUCGGACCUCACCAUGAAAACUUCCGCUCCUUCCACACGGCGACCUACUGCUUGCUCUCCAUGAUUAAUGGAGAUGAGGUCUACUCCACCUUCACCAAGCUGAGGGAGAAGAGCACGCUGGUCUGGCUCUUCAGCAGGUUCUACAUCUACAGCUUCGUCUCCAUCUUCACCUACAUGGUGCUCAGUCUCUUCAUCGCCAUCAUCACCGACACCUACGAGCUCAUCAAGAAGCAGCAGCAGGACGGAGAGGUGUUCUCUGAUCUGCAGAAGUUCCUGGCCGAGUACAGACACGCGAGCGGGGACCAACACAGACGAACACACACACUGGUGAUGAGCCAUUAGAGUUACAUGAACACUAAUCAACACACCUGGAACUUCAGGCAGUGUGUGUGUGUGUGUGUAGGUGAAGGCGGAGUUACAGGACUGGACUUCGGCCUUUACAUCACCUGUUAUGAAAAGCCCGCCCCAGUGCAUCGUGGGGGUUCUGUCCUUGUCUCCCACCCUAGUUCAUUCCGAGUAUUUUGUCCUUCUCCCCUCCUGCCCUAGUGCAUUGUGGGUGUUUUUGUCUUUUUAUUUAUUCAUUAAUCCAGAUGAAACAAUGAUUUAGUUUAUUCACAUUAAUAAUAUUAAU